AUGCCGGCACUUGGCCGCUCGUUCCAACGUUUCCCAUGUGUUCGUGUAGGGCAGAGGGAGCCGGCCCAUACGGCGAACGAGAACACAUCUGGAAGACGGAUUACGGAGCGUGAGAACGAUCGAUCGGAUUUAUGUGCCUACGGCGAGUAUUUGUGCCUUUUAGGUACUGUACCAGGCGAGUAUCGGGGAGCCAACCAACCAGUCCUGAAGCUCUCGUCUGGUUCUCAUUGCUACCCAUCCAUUCAUUCUCUGAGGUGGUCGUGGGAGGUGCGUUGUGGUUGCAGGGUGGGCACACCUCUACUUUUGGUGGUGUCGCGAUUUGCCCUGCAAAAAGCUUGCCUAUGCAAUGCACGAGAAUGGAGCGCAUUCAACGACAUCACCCUCGAAAGGGUGGGCGGCCGCAAUAUGACGUCCGUCAUGGGCUUGCUGCAGGACAUCACGCGAGUUUUCUGGCUGGAUGAGAAGACAUUUUGA